ACCUUCAUGUGACCGUGACCCAUUGUCUUCAGACACAACCACUUUAAAUAGCCCCUCCUUAACCUUGCUUUUCUCACCAAAGCACUCUCUAAUCAUUCUCUCUCACUUUUAAUCUCAUUUUCAGACAAACUUACUUUUCUCAACUCUUUCUCAUGGCAUCAGACAAGAAGAUUAGGAUCGGUAUCAACGGAUUUGGAAGGAUUGGUCGUUUGGUGGCCAGGGUUGCCUUGCAAAGGAAUGAUGUUGAACUCGUUGCUAUCAACGAUCCUUUCAUCACCACUGAUUACAUGACAUACAUGUUCAAGUACGACACCGUUCAUGGCCAGUGGAAGCAUUUUGAUCUCACGGUGAAGGACUCCAAGACCCUUCUAUUCGGUGAGAAGUCUGUCGCUGUUUUUGGUAUCAGGAACCCUGAGGAGAUUCCAUGGGGUGAAGCUGGUGCUGACUUUGUUGUUGAGUCCACUGGUGUCUUCACUGACAAGGAUAAGGCUGCUGCUCACUUGAAGGGUGGUGCCAAGAAGGUUGUCAUUUCUGCCCCAAGCAAAGAUGCACCCAUGUUUGUUGUUGGUGUUAACGAGAAGGAAUACAAGCCAGAGCUUGACAUUGUUUCUAAUGCUAGCUGCACUACCAAUUGCCUUGCUCCUCUCGCCAAGGUUAUCAAUGACCGAUUUGGAAUUGUUGAGGGUCUCAUGACCACUGUUCACGCCAUCACAGCUACUCAGAAGACUGUUGAUGGUCCAUCAAACAAGGACUGGAGGGGUGGAAGAGCUGCUUCCUUCAAUAUUAUUCCCAGCAGCACUGGAGCUGCUAAGGCUGUAGGAAAAGUUCUUCCAGCACUGAAUGGUAAAUUGACUGGAAUGUCUUUCCGAGUCCCUACUGUGGAUGUUUCAGUUGUUGACCUCACUGUCAGGCUAGAGAAGCCUGCAACCUAUCAACAGAUCAAAGCUGCUAUCAAGGAGGAAUCAGAGGGCAAAUUGAAGGGGAUUUUGGGCUACACUGAAGAUGAUGUGGUGUCUACUGAUUUUGUUGGUGACAGCAGGUCUAGCAUAUUUGAUGCCAAGGCUGGAAUUUCCUUGAACGACAACUUUGUUAAAGUUGUUUCGUGGUAUGACAACGAAUGGGGUUACAGUUCCCGUGUGAUUGAUUUGAUUGUCCACAUUGCAUCCGUGGCAUAAGUGUUGAGGCUGGGCUUGGAUAUCAUCGGAACACCUUUUGCAAGUUUUAAUCGGGUUUAUUUUUAGUUGGUAUGAAUGUGAAUUCGGAAUAAAUACUUGUGUGUUGCUGUGUUGCUGUGAGUGAUAUCAUCGAAACAAGUGCCAAUAUUUGUAUUUAUAAUUUUGGAGUUUAGUUAGGAUUUUCCUCCUCCUAUAAGGGGACGGAUGACUCUUCUGUUUCGUUAUCAUAAUCAUCUAAUAUUAAGCAACAUUUUGUUUUCCA